AUGGAGUAUGUAGAGAUGGUUGGUAGGUCAAAGAUGUUGUCGUGGAGAACUAUGACGGCGAGGAAGCUUGUUGAACCAGAGACCACUACUGAAUCCAAGAAGAGGGCAACACCAACGGAGCAGAUCGUCCGGAGGGAUCAUGGCGAAGGGUGCGCGGACUGA